AUAAAAGCCAUACGGCCUCAAAGCAAUCCUAUAGAGCGAGGGCAACCUUUCGAAGGCCAUUCGACAUACCAAGAUGGAUUCGUUCCAAAGGAAGGUAAACGCCAACGUUCUAUGCGUCCAAGCGAACGCAAUUAUUUGUCGACUAGUGCAUUUGAUGGUAAAACAACACAGAAGUCAGAUUACACUGCUAAAAUGGUUGAUAUAUGUCCAGCAGAGAAAGUGCUAUCCAGAAGGGAUAAGUCUUACGAGUUUUCUAAAACACGAAAUGGACACAACUUCUACCAUCAUCGUAUCACGCAUGCCAAUAAGGCCUACAGCACACUUGUUCCAGUGGCAUAAUUGCAUCUCGUUUCCCAAGAUAAUUAGUCUUACUUGUUGAAA